AUGUUUAAAUAUAGCUUAACUCUCGAUGGGGACUUGGUUUCGACGCUUUACAAUUUCCAGCGAAGUACGUCUUCAUCGUCCGUUGUCAUAACCAUUGAAAAUGAAGACCUCAAAAAUCUGUGUGAUCCAAUUCCAUCGACCGGUAUAUUAUCCUAUAAUUUACGCUUGUUACGUUUAGCACUCCAGUGGCAUAACGUCAAAGCAGCCUAUGUUGUAAUGCGUUUGCCAGUGGGCACUUUAUGUUUGAUUAUUUUUAUAGACGAGAAUUUAUGCUCAAGGGAAUCCAUGAAAUACCUUUUUGGUCAUUCUAAUCUCUGUAGUAGUUUGGGCUCUCAAAAGUUCUGUACGAUUCGAGUUCACAACAUUAAUGAGAUCCAAUCCAACCUUUUCGAAAACAUCUCAAAGGAAAAAAAUUGUGACGAUCUGAUGACAGAAUCGGAGCGCUUGCAUAAGGAGAUUUCUAUGAUGGAAGUAGUACCGAAUGUGACCCCGUUGCCAUUUACUUUAAUACCUCUUUCGGAGGAAGCACGGGAUAUAAUUCAAAAAUACGCCGUCGGCCUUGUUGAUACCGUAACUUUUAUGAUAUUAAACAAUCAAAUUACGGUAGAUUGUGUUUUGGAUGAUCCCGUGGGGGAUUUAUUGGCACUCAAAAGGAUUCUUCCAGAUAGCCAUCAUCGCUAUGUAUUUACCCACUACAACCCCGAUGACUCAAAGGAGCGCAAAGAUAUAAUGAUUUAUUUGUGUCCUUUAUCACAUGAUGUGAAGGAGCGAUUCAUGUAUGCAUCUGCAAAAACUUCUUUUAUUUCCUUUGCGAAAGAACACGGUAUUACAUUUCACAUUCAGAAGGAAGGAGCAAAUUUUGAAGAACUCGUUUCGAUGGUUAAGGAAUUUUUUUCAGAUAAUGCAGAUGCACUGAAACAGGUUAGCGCUGCCUGA